UCUGUCCCCGUGAUACUUGAAACAGCUAUUUAGACAGAAUUAGAGCGAGAGAUCAAGGGGAACUAAAAAAAAAACAUGGGUUCAGAAUUUGGUCCAGCCUUCAUUCAGAAACCCGACCAUCGACCCAAACCCAACAUCUCCGAUGUAGAAUCAAUCCCUAUCAUCGACCUCUCUCCACUUUUCACAGCUCCAAUCACCGCCGGUGACAAUACGCUACCUAUCAGAACGCUUGUUGCAGAAAUCGAAGCAGCAUGCAGAGAAGUUGGCUUCUUCCAAGUCAUCAACCACGGCGUCCCGAUCGAACUCCUCGAACGAGUUCAGUCGGCAGCGAGAGAGUUCUUCGCUCUGCCGACUGAGGAGAAGAGGAGAGUGAGGAGGAACGAGGAGAAUUUUCUUGGGUAUUAUGAUAUGGAGAAUACGAAGAACGUUAGGGAUUGGAAGGAGGUGUUUGAUUUUUGUGUUAAUGACGUGAUGACUGUUCCAGCGUCGGGUGAAAUUGGCGAGACAAGGAUCCAGGAGAUUUGGAAUCGGUGGCCAGAGUAUCCGGAGAACAUGAGAGAUGCCUGCAUGAAUUACUCAAAAGCCAUCGAAGACCUGUCAUUCAAACUGCUCGAGCUCGUUGCGAUGACUUUAAACUUACCGGCCAAACGACUGAACGGCUACUUCAAGGACUCCAUCAGCAGAAUCCGCCUCAACCAUUACCCUCCAUGCCCUUCCCCUGACCUUGCCCUCGGCGUGGGACCGCACAAGGACCAAGGAGCGUUCACAGUCCUCGCACAGGACAAUGUCAGUGGCCUCGAUGUCAAGAGGAAGUCCGAUGGACAGUGGGUCCGUGUCAAGCCCGUUCCCGACUCAUACAUCAUCAAUAUAGGUGAUCUCAUCCAGGUUUGGAGUAACGACAAGUAUGAGAGCACGGAGCACAGGGUGUCGUUGAACUCGGACAAGGAGAGGUUUUCAAUCCCAUUCUUCUUCUAUCCUGCACAUUAUACAAUUAUGAAGCCUAUAGGGGAACUUGUGACUGAAGAUAAUCCAGCUAAAUACAAUGAAUUCAGUUGGGGACGUUUCUUCAGGUCUCGGAGGAGCAGUAAUUUUCAGAAGAUGAGAGUGGAAAAUCUGCAGAUAUAUCAUUUUCGGAAGAACAAUUGAAGUCCUGUCUGCAGAUAUAUCCUUUAUGAAAUACAAUUGAAGUCGUGUAAAUAGUUUCUUUGCAAUUUAUAGCUGCUUGUGUGAGCUUGUAUUCUAAAUAAAGAUGUGGAAGACGAACAAUUUUUUUUUCCUUUUGUUGUGUUUGAAUCUAAAUCAGUAUUCGCCGUC